AUGGCUUUGGUGAAUGCUAAGAACGACUGUGUUCCGGAAGUAAAUGAGACGCCUGCCGUUGAGAAUUUGUUGAAAGAAGAUACCGCUCGGGUAACAGAUUACAAAGCAGAGCGUAUUCUUUGCUUCAAAUUCGAUAUUCGCUUGCUUCCUGUCCUUGCUGUCAUGUAUCUUUUUAAUGCACUUGAUAAGGGAAACAUAGGCAACGCUCAAACAGACGGUCUCAGCAAAGAUCUUGAUUUCAAACCCGGCCAAUAUAAUCUUCUCUUGUCGAUAUUCUUCGUUCCCUAUGUCAUUUUCGCCCCCCCAAUUGCCAUGAUUGGCAAGCGAUUUGGACCCGCCCGCGUCUUACCCAUCCUUAUGUUUAUUUUUGGCUCUAUGACUCUCAUUUCGGCGUCAGCUCACAACUUCGGCAGCCUUUUUGCACUUCGCUGGUUUCUGGGAAUGGCUGAAGCCGCGUUCUUCCCCCUUGUUAUUUACUACCUCACCACUCUUUACCGUCGGGGUGAAUUGGCACGGCGAUUGGCUAUUUUCUACGCGGCCUCCAAUAUUGCAAAUGCUUUCUUUGGACUGCUCGCUUUCGGCAUAUUUCAGAUCAGGUCUAGUAAGCUCAAAGGAUGGCGGUAUCUUUUCCUCAUCGAGGGCGCUUGCACCGUAAUUUUCGCCUGUUUUACUUUUUGGUAUCUGCCACAUUGUCCAGCUGAUGCAACCUUUCUAAAUCAACCAGAAAAGGAUCUUGCUUUUCACCGGAUCCACGUUGACUCAAGUUUUGAAAAAUCUGACCUUCGUGAAGCUUUGAAAAUCUUUAAACAGCCCACUUCCUAUGCAUUCCUGGCAAUUGAAAUUUGCCUUGGUGUUCCUAUCCAGUCAGUAGCCCUGUUUCUCCCCCAAAUUAUCCAACGCCUCGGGUAUGACACUGUUAAAACCAAUCUAUACACCGUAGCACCGAAUUGCACUGGCGCCGUGAUGCUUUUACUUCUUGCUUUUUCUUCUGAUGCUUAUUAUCUGAGAUCCCCUUUUAUUGUUCUAGGCUUUCUCCUCAGUUUCACUGGUUUUAUGAUUUAUGCUACUAUUGAAGAUGUGAAAGCCCAGAUCAAGCUCGCCUACUUUGCUUGCUUUAUGAUGACGUGGGGUACCUCAGCACCUUCUGUGCUUUUAAGCACCUGGUAUAAUAAUAACAUUGCCCACGAGGGCCAGCGCAUAUUACUGACAUCCACUGGCGUCCCAGUCGCCAACCUUAUGGGCCUUGUCAGCAGCAACGUGUUCCGUGAGGCAGAUAUGCCAAAAUACAAGCCUGCGCUGAUUACUACUGGAGCGUUUGGGGCUGUUGGUGCUAUUCUUUCAGGGCUACUUGGUCUUUAUAUGGUAUGGGAUAAUCACCGAAGAAAUGACAAACAAGGCAGGAAAACUCGUGCUUGCGAUAUUCCCACCAAAAGAAUGAGAGAUGGGCCAAAUACCCCAGAGUUUAGGUGGUUUUUAUGA